AUGAGCACAUUCCAAGCCGCAGCGCUGAUCUUCCUAGCGAGCCACGCGUCGGCAGCACAAUUCACCAAAACGUCCGCGUCCGUCGGCCAUCCGUUCCUGCGGUACGACGCGUUCCUCUUUGAUCGAGGAGUGCUGCACGACAACGUCAACGCGAAACUAUAUGCAGCAAAAGCCAUCGAGGCGUUGCAGCUCGCGGGCAAGCUAGUAAUAAUCGGCAGCAACGCGCCCCAUCCCAACGACGACGAGCUGGCAUUUCUCCAGCGACUCGGCGUCGCGAACCUCGCGACGUCGCUCGAAUACGCGAAGCUAAAUGAUGACGUACCGAUGGUGUCAAUCUUCACCUCGGGCCAUGUCGCCCGAGAAGAGCUGCGCAAGCCCUCGUGCUGCUAG